CCUAGAUGCAGGAGACAGCGUCCAUAGUUUCAGUUUGAAGCAACUGGUGGCAAAAGGUUAGCAUUUAAGUCAAAAGUGCUGGAGAGGCUGCUACUUGACAAAAUUCUGCUGAGAGAAGUGGUUAUAAUGGAGUGACUUUCUCUUUCGUCAUGAUUCUCAGGGGUGAAUCUCUUCUCACACUGGAUUGCUAGUUAUUUUACCCGGCUAAAGGUCACUAUUUACAAUGGCAGGGACAGCACGCCAUGACCGAGAGAUGGCAACCCAGGCCAAGAAAAAGCUCACCACGGCCACCGACCCCAUUGAAAGACUCCGACUACAGUGCCUGGCCAGGGGCUCUGCUGGGAUCAAAGGACUUGGCAGAGUGUUUAGAAUUAUGGAUGACGAUAAUAAUCGAACCCUUGAUUUUAAAGAAUUUAUGAAAGGGUUAAAUGAUUAUGCUGUGGUAAUGGAAAGGGAAGAGGUGGAAGAGCUUUUCCGGAGGUUUGAUAAAGAUGGAAAUGGAACAAUAGACUUCAAUGAAUUUCUUCUCACAUUAAGACCUCCAAUGUCCAGAGCCAGAAAAGAGGUAAUCAUGCAAGCUUUUAGAAAGUUAGACAAGACUGGAGAUGGCGUUAUAACAAUCGAAGACCUUCGUGAGGUGUAUAAUGCAAAACACCAUCCAAAGUACCAGAAUGGGGAAUGGAGUGAGGAACAAGUAUUUAGGAAAUUUCUGGAUAACUUUGAUUCACCCUAUGACAAAGAUGGAUUGGUGACCCCCGAAGAGUUCAUGAACUACUAUGCAGGCGUAAGCGCAUCCAUUGACACUGAUGUGUACUUCAUCGUCAUGAUGAGAACCGCCUGGAAGCUUUAAGCAUGUGACCUGGGGACCAGGCCUUGGGACAGCCAUGUGGCUCCAAAUGACUAAACCUCAGUUCAAAAACCAGAAUCAUAUUUGAUUUCACACUCAUCCUAAUGUUUUUUUCUGUGUCAAAAUACUGCAUUUUCUGGGGCCAAAACCAGGCAGAAAUAAAAGACAUCGAGUAGCCAACUGUGAGCUUGCCUUCCGUGAGACUGUUUCCUUUGCUCUAAAAUAGAACUUAAAUAAAAUGAGCUGUGUAAA